AUGGUUCUGGAUAGCUGUUAUCGGCUCCGUGAGCAGUCUGGGCGGUCCACUGUCGAGCUACUGGUGGCUUACCAUCCUCUACAGUACAGAGAGCUUUACAUCACGUCAGGAGUCGCCUCUAAGAUGGCCGCUAUUGGAUCCGUCAACAACCCGGUAAAAUAUGCCGAUCAGGACUUUGAGAAACUGAAGGCAGAACAUUUGGCAUCGGGCACUUUAUUUGAAGAUCCAGUAUUUCCUGCUGCCCAGUCCUCCAUGGGCCAAAGAAAGUUGGGGCCAAGAUCUAAAAAGGCACAGGGGCUUGAAUGGAAGAGACCCACGGAAAUGAGGAAGAACCCUGCAUUUAUUGUAGACGGAGCAGAACGUGACGAUAUCCGCCAAGGGCGCCUAGGAGACUGCUGGUUCCUCUCCUCCAUCGCAUGUCUCACAAUGAAUAAAGAAUGCCUGUAUCGUGUAGUUCCCCAGGACCAAUCCUUUAAGAAGGACUAUGCUGGGAUCUUCCAUUUCAUGUUUUGGCAGUACGGAGAAUGGGUGGACGUGGUCAUCGAUGACCGGCUGCCUACCAAGAAUAACAAGCUCCUUUUUGUAAAGUCCGAAACAACUAAGGAAUUCUGGUCCACCCUCCUGGAAAAAGCCUAUGCCAAGCUCAAUGGAUCAUAUGAAGGCCUUAUUUCAGGUUAUCCUGUGGAGUCACUGCAAGAUUUCACUGGUGGAGUUGGUGAAGACUUUAAACUGCAGUCUGCACCAGCAGAUUUGUUCCAAAAACUCCAAAAAGCGCUGAAGGAUCACAGCCUGGUUUGCUGUAACACAGCUGAAAACCCGGAUGAUGACGGUAUUGUUGAAUAUCAUGCCUACUCCAUAAUCAGAGCAGAGGAGGUCACUUUAAAGGACGGAAGUACAGUCCAGCUCAUCAGAUUGAGGAAUCCCUGGGGUUUUCAAGAAUGGAAAGGAGCCUGGAGUGAUGGUUCUAACGAGUGGAACAAUGUGGAUGACAAUAUAAGAGCCGAACUUCAUGUUCAAAGGGAAGAAGGAGAGUACUGGAUACCCUUCUCUGACUUUCUAAAAGAGUUUUAUAGAGCAGACAUCUGUGACAUCAGCCUGAGUGAGACGUUCUCUGUUGACAAAUUUAAGUGGCUCCUGACUGAAUUUCAUGGGAGCUGGAAAAAGGGACAAUCUUCUGGAGGAGAGCUCGCUUUGGACACAUUUUGGAUGAACCCUCAGUUCCGGAUCACAGUGGCGGCUCCAGGUGGUGAUACCAGCAAAGAGUGUCCUAUUAUCGUGUGCCUAACACAGAAAGACAGAAGAAGGAAGAUUCUUGAGGGUGUAAAAGAACCAUUUCUUGAAAUUGGCUUCUAUAUAUUUAAGGUUAACCCUGGGGAUACAAUUCAGCUACAGAAGGAGUUCUUCAAGAACAAUUCCCCUGUAGCCUGUGUGGAUGAUUUCUAUGAUGACCGGGAUGUAACAGGUCGAUUUCAGCUUCUUCCAGGGGAUUACGUCAUUGUGGCAGCAACUUAUAAAGAAUCUGAAGAAGCCGAUUUUUACCUCCGUGUCUACACCCAAAAAAACUAGCUAAACCAUAGUUCCCUCCCGUUGCUAUUCCAGGUGGUAUCUAUGAAGGACUCUAUUAUGCUCUAUAUGGCUUCACUUGUUAGAGAAUGUUCUAGAAUCUUCCUCCAUUUGUAUUUCAGUAUCAUUCUUAUCCAUCAUCAGAAGCUGUUUGAUAAUAUCUUUGAUCUCAUGCAGAGUUAGUUUUUCUUGUUACAUCCAAUGUCCUAAUAAACAUUUCUUUACCACCAAGAGGACUAUGUGUAUUUGUAACGAUCGGACCUGAUCAGGCUUUGCAUGCUGCACUCUGGUCAGUUAGAAGUUACAGGCCUGGGCCAAUCAGCAGCUGAGGAGGGGUAUUUCAUUCCUCCUUCUGGCUUUGCUCUUGAUUUGCUUGAUUUUUAGUUUUGCCUGUUUCAGUUCUGACUUGUUCGUUUGAAUUUGCCAUAGUUUUGCAGUUGUGACCUGUUUAUCUAGUUUAUAGCCUUGUCCUGUCUGUUUUGUGAUCUGUCUUUCUUACUGUCGGUUAUAUCCUGUCUAGCUUGUAUCUGUUAUCUGAACCUGUAUCCUGACUUGUAUUCUGACCUGUUGUGUUUUGUUUUUUACCUCAAUAAUGGUCCUGAUCAAUUGAUUCACUGUCUUUACCCCUAUGCAUGGUGUGUUCUCUGUUCAUGAGAACAAAAAAUUCUUUCAGCUCACCUCCUCCACGGUCUGCGCGGAAUUCAAGCCUGGCCAUGGUGAUCAAGAACGCACAUGCGUUCGAAGCGCGUCCAUGUGAGUUGCCUGCCGGCAUGGUGAUGGUGUUUGGAGUGUGCUCUUCGUUUUAAAGAAAAGAAUAAAAUUCAACAUUUUAAAGGCACUGCUGGACUACUUCUUUCUUCAAUUGCUGAUGUGUUCUCUGUUCAGUCUUGUCUGUUACUCGAACCUGUAUCCUGACUUGCAUUCUGACUGGCUUGUGUUUUGUACUUCACCACGGGAGAGGUCCUGAUUCAUUGCUUCUCUUGCUUUGCUACUUUAUUUCAGUCUUGUUUGAUCCUGAACCUGUUCAUUCUCAUCUGUAUAGUGUCCUGACUUCAGUUACCUGUUCACUCAACUUCAUUCCAGGUAACACCUGCUGCAAUAUCUUCCUGGAAACCUGUCUGUCAUUACUCUCAUGCAUCCUGUAUUACUCUGGUUCUAAAGCUGUUAGUCAGUACUCUAUAUACCUACCAUUAUAUCUCUCUCAUAUGGGUUUGUUACUACUUUGCAUAUCUGUCUUUGUACAAUAUAUUACCUGGUUAUCUUGGCUGCCUGUACUCUUGCACCUUAUAUAGUAAUAAAACAUUUUUGUAGUUGG